AUGUCUGUGCAGUUCGUUUGUUUCUGUCUGAUGCAAACAAUUUUCUUCUGCAAUGAUUUGAAGGAGUCUAUGGAAUCUUUCUGGCUUUCUGAAACCCUUAAUUCUAAGAAGCCUUGUCAAUCUUACCUCACUAGUACCAAUAGGCAGCAUAGGGGAAGAAGCACUACGCCCAGGAAUCAACAAUAGGAAAACUUUGUUAUAAAAUUUUACCUUUUCUUUAUCGGAAUCGGGACUAAGAAGAAUGGUUGGUACAACAAACAUCCAUCUCGUUCGUAUUUUGGAUACCCAUAUAACCAUCGAAGACUGUUGAAGUGACUAAUUCCUGGAAAUUAAGGGGUGUUAAGAACAAAGAAAUUGUUAGAGUUAUCAUUUUUAUCUAGUACCAAGAUACUUGAUAUUAAGAAAAGAUCUUUUACAGGAAGGUUGGCUAAAGAUUUCUUGUAAAAACACUAGCCCCGUUCGGUUCAUAA